AUGAAAACUGAACAGGUGUCGUUAAGUUAUUACUUUUUUUUUUCAAACCGAAUCUUUAUUUUCUCUCUCUGUCUCUCUCUGUCUCUGUCUCUGUCUCUGUCUCUGUCUCUGUCUCUCUCUCUCUCUGUCUCUGUCUCUCUCUCUCUCUCUCUCUUGGAGUUUUUAAAUGAUUUUUUUCUCUUUCGCUUCCAACAUUUCCUCUUUUUAUUCCCUCUUCCAUUGCUACUUAUUUUUGCUUUUCUAAUUGAUGGCCCUUUUGGCUUUUUCUUUUCACUCUUACCUUUUUCUCGUUUCUUGAUUAAUUUUCCUUCAUCUCAUUUUCCCAUCCUUUACUUUUUUUCUCGUCAUUUAUUAUUCCCGCCUUUUCCCCCACUCUCUCUAUAUAUACCUUUCUUUCUCUUUCUCUUUCUUCCUUUCUUUCUCUUUCUUUCUCUCUUCCUCCUUCUCGCUCUCUUUCCUUCUUCUUUUCUUUCUCUAUCUCUCUUUUUUCUCUCUCUGUCUUUCUUUAUUUAUUUCUCUCUCUUUUUUCUCUCUCUGUCUUUCUUUAUUUAUUUCUCUCUCUUUUUUCUUCCAUUCUUUCUCUUUAUCUCUCUUUCUCUGUCCCUCUUUCUCUCUCUCUCUCUCUCUCUCUUUCUUUCUUCUUUCUUUCUCUCUCUCUUUCUUCAUUCUUUCUCUUUCUCUCUCUCUCUUUCUUUCUUUUCUUUUCUUUCUUUUCUUUUCUUUCUUUCUUUUCCCUGGGUUUUGUUAUCCCCUGUUUUUCUUAUUUUCCACACAUUUUUUCUGCAGUGUGAAUUUUUUUUUUACAGUAAUGUCCACUCGAUGUAG